GAAAGAAGAAAUCAAGUGGAGAAAGAAGAAAAAAAAUGGAAAAAAGGAAAGAAAAAGGGAAAGAAAAAAAAGAAAACAAGAAAAGAAAAAAAAGUGGAAAAAAAGAAAGUGAAAGGAAAAGAAAAACAAAGCGAAAAAGAAGAAAAAGAAGAGAUCAGGAAAGAAGAAAAAAUAAAAAAAAUGAAAAAAA